UUUGCCCGGAAGUGACGCAUUUGUUAGUGGACUAUCAAACUUGAUCAACCGGCAUGGAUUGAUGGGGGGUGGGCUAUGAGUAGACAAGAGGAGAAGAGAUGAGUUUUGAAAAGGGACUGGAAUACUAUGAGGGUCUCAGAAUAGGGUUUUCCAAAUAUAAUUUGUUUUCCAAAUAGUGAAAAAUUAAAUAUAAGAUGUUUCUAGUGUGAACCAAAAUAUAAUACUAAAUAUUAUGCAAGUGAUGCAAACAUGGCAUAGAAACACAUUAUUCUAAUACGGGUCCUUUUUGACCCACUUAUGGAAUAGUGUACGGUCCAGUCACUCGUGCAUCUAAGGCGUUGCUGAUUCAGAACUUGUGUUUUUAGUUAUCAAGAACACAACAAAUACACCCGAUUUAAUUUGGCUCAUGUAUGUAGAUCAUUUACUUGUAAUUACUGUAACAGACUCUUCGACUGUAUCGUUAGAUUAAUAUCUAUAGCCUACAUUUAUUUAGUCGUUUAGUUGUGCAAGUAUGAGUAGGGAUUGAUGCAAUCAUAUUUGAUGACAACACAUUUUCAUCAACUUUGUUGCUCUUUAUUUAAUGUAUGUGUGUGUUCAUUUUGUGUCAUGUUGCAUUUUUGAAAAAUGUAUUGUUUUCAAACACACAGUAUUUGCACUUUUAUUUUGAAGGAAGUGUCUGUUGUGUUGCUGUUUAGCGGAAAUGAUCUGUCGGUCCAGUAUUGUCAGGAACUGAAUCACCCUAAGGGUUAACACCUUGUCGUGUCACCGUCAAAGCGUUCCGGGUUCAGGGACAGGGCAGUUGUUAGCUUACGGACUUGAAUGUUCUUUCCGUGUAAUAUUAAAUAUAUAUGAGCUUGUUUUAAUGGAUCUGUUCAUGGAGUAGUCGACUGUCAAAGUUCACCUGUGUGUAUGCAGAUGUUCUCCACACAGUGUGUUCCGUCCCUGUGAGGCUCAUCUCAGCUGUUUGAAGCGUCUGUCAGCAGGAUGUCCCGCAGCGGGAACGAGUCCUGUCUGAGGGGAGCAGAGGACACCGUCUCCUUCCUGGUGUGUGUGUUCCAUCAGUGGGAGGAGUGGGCGGGCCUCGGUCAGUUGGAGGACUAUCUGAGUGUUUUGGAGUACCUGCUGUGGGUCUUCACCCCUCUGAUCAUCGUCUUCAUCCUGCCCUUCCUCAUCGUCAUCCUCCUUUACCUCUCCAUACUCUUCCUUCAUGUCUACAAGAGAAAGAAUCAGCUGAGGGAAGCUUACUGCAACAACCUGUGGGAUGGAGCCAGGAAGACCCUGGCUACUCUGUGGGACGGACAUGGAUCCAUAUGGCACGGUUAUGAGAUCCAUGGGAUGGAGAAGAUUCCGGACAAAGGCCCAGCGCUGAUAGUGUACUAUCAUGGAGCCAUUCCCAUCGACUACUACUACUUCCUGGCAAAAGUUAUCCUGCAGAAGGGAAGGCCCUGCCACUCUGUCGCUGACCACCUGCUCUUCAAGAUCCCAGGUUUCAAGUUACUGCUGGAGGUGUUCAGUGUGAUCCACGGCCCUCAGGAGGAGUGUGUGCGUGCUCUGAGGAACGGCCACCUGCUGGGGAUUUCUCCAGGGGGAGUGCGGGAGGCUCUGUUCAGUGACGAGACCUACCCCCUCCUCUGGGGCAAACGCAGAGGCUUUGCACAGGUCGCCAUCGACUCCCAAGUGCCUAUAAUUCCAAUGUUUACUCAGAAUGUGCGGGAAGGCUUCAGAUCUCUGGGAACACUCAGAUUUUUCCGCUGGCUGUACGAGAGGUUCCGCCUCCCUGCAGCUCCUGUGUACGGAGGAUUUCCUGUGAAGUUCAGGACCUUCCUCGGGGAUCCCAUUCCUUACGAACCCGAUGUUAACGCUGCAGAGCUGGCACAGAAAGUGCAGCAGGCGGUGCAGGCUCUGAUAGACCAGCACCAGCAGAUCCCGGGGAACAUCCUGAGAGCCCUGCUGGAGAGAUUCCACAGCAAACACAAAGAGCACUAACCCUAACCCACAGCUCACAGACACACUGACAGUGAGGGACCAAGAGGACACACGAGGCUCCGUUGGGGCGGACCCUGACGUGUUGGAGUUUUUGCACAGCUGUCUUCACCGCUUCCACCCGACUGACACUGCAGAGGUUCCUGUAACAGAUCGUUUUAUCACAGGUUUCUCAUAUGUUUCCUUUUGAUCAACUCCCUUUUUAAUCAGUUUGAAUCUACACUUCCUGAUUUUGUGACAUUGGACUUGACAGUAAUCUUACCUCACAAUGAUUUUGAUGUUCUCAUAUAUUUGCCUUAAUUAAUUACUGUAUGGUCAGAUAAAUAUAAUGAAGGAUGAUAUUUUUCAGUUCAUAUUUAUGGGAUUCAGGCCAUUUCUUUACAAUUAUUUCUUUUUUUUUAAAUGUGAACAAGGACAUUAUUUAUGUCAGCAAGAGAUUCAUACAGUUAAUACAUGUGGCUAUUCCACAUGUUGGUGUCUUUAAAUUGAAGCUUUAUGUAUGAACCAAACUGAUAGUGACCAUAGUUCAUACCGACCUAAAGCUACUGAAGUACAACAGCACAACGUGGUGUGAAUGAGAUUAACUUGUACAUAGACUCAAACAUACAAAAGAGAACCGCAUUCUUUAUUAUAGACACUACACAGUGUUCAUUGCAUUGAUCAAUUCCACUUGUUUUCCUAAAAAUGAAUAUAGGCAGGCAGAUAACGCGUCAUUCCUCAGGCCUCCUUUUCUUCUAAUUUCCUGGAAAUUGACCCAAAAAUGUAAUAAAUAUUAAUCAAUUCUAUCCCUGUUAAUAGAACGGGCUGUUUGGUUUUAUAAAUAUAGAAAAGGUUUCGGACAAAGAAAAAGUUAUUUCCCCCUACAUCCACCUAUAAUUAUUUGCUCAAAUGUUGUAGGAAACCGAUGAAAUUCUGUUGGAUAACCCAAUCAAACAAAAAGGAAUUAACCUGUAAAAAUAUGCAGGCUCUCAUUUAUGUUACAGUUGUAGUCCGUUCUCUAAAUGUAGUUCAUCUCACACUACAGAACCUUCUAACAGAUGUCAUUUUAAUUUACAAGACUCCCUGAGACUGUCCUAAAAUGGCAAAGCUAAACUCGUUGUAAGUUAAUUGUGUCAGCUGUUAUGCUGUGUAAGGACUCUGUCACACUUUAUAUUGCUGUUGCUUGCUUCCAAUUGUAAUACCUUGAAUAUUUGUUAUUUUGUAACAUAUUCAUAAGCAACCAUCUUGUUCAAAGAGUCAAUCAGCUCAGAAUGAACCCAAGUUACUGUGAGGCUUCUUCCUGUUUCAUGUGCACUGCCCAUGUGAUGUUGGGACUGUAGGUCGGGCAGAUAGGACAUUUGAAGACGUUACCCAUCACACAAUUUAUUCGUCAUUUUAUACAUUGAAUAAUUCAUCAAAUACAUUGCAAGAGAAAAUAAAUGUAUCAAUCAAUGAUGACAUUCAUCAUUGUUAGUAGCCCUACACAUAGCAGUUGUGCCAUACAUCUAAAAAUGCCAAAGAUAUCUGAGAGAUGGCUUAUUAUCAGUCAAUUCAACUUCAGGUAACAAACAAAGGCUAAAUUAAGUAAAAGAUGGAGACUUAUGCACUAAACAAUGAAAACAUACUGAGAUCAAAAAGUAUAAUGUAUUCAAAAUAGAACUAAAAGGAACCAAAGAGUUUCACUAAUACAAGUUAUUGGAGUAAACAGGUAACGGGGAUGUGGAAAAAAUGGUACUAUAAGUUGUUAUUUAGAAAGAUGAUUUGAAACAACCCGGUCCAGUUAAACACUGAUGUGCCCAAUUUAAACAGCCCUACAUCAAACCUUCAACAGAAGCACAUUAUCAUUGUUAUGCAUCAUUGUAAAGUUAUGUUUGCAUUUUGUAUUGUACUGCAUGUGGAGUUUUGGGAUAACAUUUUAUAAAAAACCUGUUAUAAAUAUGCACAAACAAGCCUCUCGCUGAAAUAUAUAUCAUAUCCAAAUCUACUAAUGGAAGACUUUAUUGGAUGCGUUUAUGAAGAUGUAAAUACUGUGAUUCCACGGCUGGUUUUGCACACGGUCAGAAGUAUUGCUGCCAACAAGCUUCUGUGAGACCAGGUGUGUUUAGUGACGUCUGUCUGUUUGCUUUACUCGUGAACUGGUUGCCUUUUUCCACAUUUAUGUUGAUAGUAAUUUUUGAGAUAAUCUAACUUGUAUUUUUUAAUUAUGUCAAUAUAUACAUGUUGCACUUUUAAAUAUUCAGAUCCACUUUAACCUGUUAAUAAAUCUAUUUUAUUAAGAUG